AUGGAAAAACUUGGCUUUCACAAAGUAGGCAAUAACCCGGCACCAGGGUAUCCUUCCAUCAAUCACAAUCAACCAUUGAAUAGAGGGUUGCCUCCAUCAGCAAACUUCCCCAGAAUGCAAUUGAAGACCGAGCAGUGUAAAAAUAAUUCUGCCAUAUUGGUAAAUAGAGUUGCAGUUAACCCGAAUGAUUUUAGAGGUGUAGACGAUAAUACAGCCGUCAUAUUGGAUGGUAUUGUUGUCUACCAUAUUCUUAAGAGUGAUGAUGUUACGCCAGGAUACAUAGGCUUAGGAGGAGACACUAGAAAAUGGGGGGCUUGGUCCUAUGAGCAACCAGUUGUAGUCGAACCUUAUAGCAGGUUUCCAAUUGCUCCACUUGGCUCAAUUGACCUUUCUAUUGAAUUUCGUUCAAAGAAGAAGGCUCACGGAAAUCCAGUCAAUCAUGAUGAUUUGAUCGUCCAAUUCCAAAGAACUUACAUGAAUCAAAUCUUGCAGCCAACUCAGCCAAUUAUUAUGGACUACGCUGGAGACUUGUUUUUGUUGAAAGUAAUUUCAGUUCAAGCCAUCGACAUUGCUAGUGGUGCAGGAAAUAACUUGGCUGAUGUAACCGUAAGUACUGACUUGGGAACGAAGGGGAUGCUUAUCAAAGAUACAAUUGUCAACUUCUAUCCUGAAGAAGGGGCGCUCAUUAAUUUAACUAAAUCGUCGAAUUCCAAGUCUAAGUCUAUUCUGAAUAAGCCAAGAGCUAAUCCUAUUAUAAAUCCGGAUUUCAAGUUGGAAAGUAUGGGAAUCGGUGGGUUAGACAAGGAGUUUAGUCAAAUUUUUAGAAGAGCGUUUGCCAGUAGAAUUAUAUCGCCCGAUUUGGUCGAGAAAUUGGCCCUUAGACACGUUAAGGGGUUGUUAUUAUUUGGACCUCCUGGUACAGGUAAGACUUUGAUUGCUAGACAAAUUGGUAAGAUGUUGAACGUCAAAGAACCAAAGGUUGUUAACGGUCCGGAAAUGUUAAGUAAGUAUGUGGGUGCCUCUGAAGAGAACAUCCGUAAUCUUUUCAAAGACGCUGAACAAGAAUAUAAACAAAAGGGAGAAAACUCCCAAUUACAUAUUAUCAUAUUCGAUGAGUUAGAUUCCGUUUUCAAACAAAGAGGCUCUGCCAAAUCUGAUGGUACUGGAGUUGGUGACAAUGUGGUCAAUCAGUUAUUAGCCAAGAUGGAUGGUGUAGAUCAAUUAAACAACAUCUUGAUUAUUGGUAUGACCAACAGAUUAGAUUUGAUCGAUAAUGCUUUGCUUAGACCUGGUAGAUUUGAAAUUCAAAUUGAAAUCUCGUUGCCUGACGAAAAGGGUAGAAAGGAUAUUUUAUUGAUUCACACCAAGAAAAUGAAGGAGAAUGAUUUGUUAGCAAAAGAUGUCAAUUUUGAUGAAUUGGCUGUAUUGACUAAAAAUUUCACUGGUGCUGAAUUGGAAGGUUUGUGCAAUUCUGCCACUUCGUUCGCUAUUAAUAAGUUCACCAAGAGUGACUCUAUCGCAAAGGUGGAUGAAAAUAUAUCAAAGAUGAAAUUAACUAGAAAUGAAUUUUUAUUGGCCCUAAAUGAAGUUAAACCUGCUUUUGGGGUUAAUGAAGAAGAUUUGACCAAGUCUUCUCCACAUGGUAUUAUCCAAUUCUCUCCAAGAGUUGGCCAAAUUUUUGACCAGGGACAAUCAUUCAUUGAAGAAGUGAAGGUUUCAGAAACUGAAAGAUUAAUAUCUAUAUUAUUAUAUGGACCUCCUGGGAGCGGUAAGACCGCUAUCGCAUCCACUUUGGCUUUAAAUUCUGACUUCCCAUUCAUUAAAAUGCUUUCAGCUGAAUCUUUAGUUGGGAUGUCGGAGCCCGCCAAAAUUCAAGCGAUUGAUCAAAUCUUCAGAGAUGUCUAUAGAUCUCCAUUGAAUAUUCUUGUGAUUGAUAAGAUCGAAACUAUAAUAAAUUACAAUCCAAUUGGUCCAAGAUUUUCCAAUGAUAUCUUCCAAAUGCUCAAAGUUAAUUUGACCAGGAAGCCACCUGGAGGAAGAAGGUUGUUGAUUAUCGGAACUACAUCACAAUAUACUGCUUUAAAGCAUAUGGAUGGUUUGGAUGGCUUCACCAAAACUAUCCCUGUCAACCACAUUACUAAAUUGGAUGAAUUGAAGAAGGUAAUGGAGAAGGUUGGAUUUAUGUCAGAACAUGAAAGAGCCCAGAUCCUUCAACAAUUGAGCGAUGUGUUCUCGGCUUCCAAUAAUCAGUUUGAUAUGGAGGAUUCUCACACUAAUACAAAUACUUUUAGCCAGUUGUCUAUUGGUAUUAAGAAAUUGUUACAGGUCUUGAUGAAUUCUCAAUACUUAAAAGCUGAUGUAGACGGAGUGGUUCAGAAUAUAUUAGAGGCUCACAUUUAG